AUGAGUGAUUUACCAUUACUUGGCGGCUCAUCGCGUCAACAUUCACAAUCCAUUAUUCAAAGUUUCUCAAAUGCCACCAAAUUGACAUUGAAAUCAUCGCCAGUUAACUACUUGCUUAUAUUCGUUCCUUUGGGUCUUGUUGCCGGUGCAUUGGAAUGGGGGGCCAAUGCUAGAUUCUGGCUCAAUUUCCUCGCCAUUAUUCCCUUGGCUUCAAUAUUGGCAUAUGCUACGGAAGAAAUUAGUGAAUAUGUGGGACAAACAGUGGGUGGAUUAUUGAAUGCCACAUUUGGUAAUGCUGUUGAAUUGAUUGUUUCUAUAAUUGCCUUGAAGGAAAAUCAAGUUCGAAUUGUGCAAGCAUCAAUGUUGGGUUCGAUUUUAAGUAAUUUACUAUUGGUGCUUGGUUGUUGUUUUGUUGCUGGUGGUAUUACUCGUGUCCAACAAACUUUUAAUCAAACAGUUGCUCAGACAAUGUCGAGUUUAAUGGCAUUGGCUACUGCUUCAUUAUUGAUUCCUGCUGCAUUCCAUGCUUCGUUGCCCGCACCAAAGGGAGACAAGGGUCAAUUCCCAGAACCAGGUACUUCUGAUGAUUUGAUCCUCAGUCUUUCUCGUGGUGUGUCAAUCAUCUUGUUGGUGAUUUAUUUGUUUUACUUGCUUUUUUCUUUAAAGACACAUAAGUCGUUAUUUGAAGCCACUGAAGAUUUUGUCGAUGAACAAGCACACAACAAUAAUACUUCAUCAGAUGAUAUAAUCACUGGUAGUAAAUCAGAAGAUGAUCAUUUGCUGGUUUUAGGAGGAUUAACGGUAUUGCUACUCACUACAUUAUUGGUUUCAGUAUCUGCCGAUUAUUUAGUUGGUUCCAUUGAUGAAAUUGUUGAGAAAUCAGGUCUUUCAAAAACAUUUAUUGGUUUGAUUGUUAUUCCAAUAGUUGGAAAUGCAGCUGAACAUGUAACUGCGAUAAUCGUUGCCAUGAAGGACAAGAUGGAUCUUGCAAUUGGGGUUGCUGUGGGUUCUUCUUUACAAAUUGCUAUAUUUGUUACCCCAUUCAUGGUUUUAGUUGGUUGGAUGAUUGAUGUUCCAAUGUCGUUGUAUUUCUCCACUUUCGAAACUGCCAUUUUGUUUGUUAGUGUCUUUAUUACUAACUUGGUGAUUUUGGAUGGUGAGAGUAACUGGUUAGAAGGUGCGAUGUUGUUGUCAACUUAUUUGAUAAUUGCAUUGGCAUUUUUUUAUUAUCCAGAUUCUGCUGGUUUGUAG